AUGAUUAGUCAGGCCUAUCGCAUGCCAGGGCGGAGGGUGCUCGUCCGCUUUGAGGGGGACACCUACUCCCACGAGCGAGUACUGCUGUGGCCGACCCACUUCGACGACUGGUACGAGAGCUGGGUGAUCCUCGCCGCCGAUGAUGAUUUGCAUAUCGAGCGUGUGCGAGAUUGGACCUGGAUCUACGACCUGACCGAGGGGUGGCCGCCAGGGCUGCGAGGCGGAGUCGUGAGGUUCAGGGCCCCGCUGACGGCGAACGAGGUGCUGGCACAGGUCCUCGUGGGCCGGGAUGAGGAGCCGGCCACCUUCCUGGACUGGCGCGGUCGCGAGCUGGUCGUCGAGGACAGCGUGCUGAGUGCUGUGCGACGGCGGCUGACCGACAAGGGGGUGAGCUCCGAGCUGCGGCUGGCCGAGGCGAGCGGCGACGAGCUCGCCACGCGGCCCGCGCUGGAGGCGCGGCGGACUGCGGCGCCGGGGGGGCUGGGGACGAGGCAGGCGCUCCGGCCCGCGUUCGAGGACGGCGUCUACGUGGUGGCGGAGGUGCGGGCCCCCAACGGCAUGCAGCUGGGCGACCCUGUCGUCGGAGGGCAAGCCGAGAGCCUGGGUGGCUGCCAGGCCGUGGUGCUGCUCGACGACGGCGCCCGCGUGCUGUUUCAGAGAGCGGCGGCGGACGACGUAGAGGAGUGGCGCCGGGCGGCGCGCGAGGCGGCGGGCAGGUGCAGCGCUCCGCAGCAGGUCGGGCGCGGCGCCGCGGGCCAGGCGGACGACCUGCGGGCGGAGUUCGCCGCAGCCGACGCCGGCGUCGACAAGGGCGACGCGCGGACCCUGUACGUCGAGUGGACAUCCGAGGGCGUCCGUUUCAAGACGUGGCGGAAGGCGGUGGGGGAGAGCACGCAGAUCACCAUGGAGCAGUGUUCUCCGUGGCGCAUGUGGUUGCUGUCCUUCUGCAGGGAGCACGGGAUCUCGCUGGCCACGCUGGUGCAGGCGCUGUGGCUGGCCGGGUCUUUGCCCAUGGGAUGGGCAUGGAGUCUCUACUACGCCCAUGAAGCAAACGCCAGGCAGAUGGAGCUGACCAAGGAGCUCUCCGGGGCCCAGCUUCUUCAGGACCGAGGGCCUCCCUUGGUGCUUCGAGGCGGCGAGGGCCCUGGCGGACAGGGGAAGUAUUGCUACGUGGGCAACCUGGGCGUGUUGGCGGACGACGAGGACUGCGUGCGGCAGGGGCUCACGGCGGUGACCGAGACCUUCGCGAACCAGGGGCUGACGGUCCACGAGACGGAGCCUGCCUGCCAGUGCGGCGUUGCGCUCGGCGUAGAGGUGGACGGGAAGUUGGGCCGCGCUCGGCCCACUGCCAAGAGGUUCUGGCGCGUGAGGGACUCCAUCCAGGAGCUGGUGCGCCGCGGGGCCUGCUCAGGGCAGGAGCUCGAGGUCCUGGUCGGGCACGUGACGUUCGUGGCCCUGAUUCGGCGGGAGCUGCUGUCCAUCCUGCACGCGACCUACAGGUGCGUGAAGAAGCAGUAUUUCACCAGGGCGCCGCUGUGGGAGAGCGUGAGACAGGAGCUCCUCGCGCUCAGCGGCGCGAUGGUGUUCUUGGGGGCGAAGUGGGACGACGAGUGGGCGCCGGGCGUCUACCAGACCGACGCGUCGCCGUGGGGGUUCGGCGUGGCGUACUCCCGGUGGCCGAAGGCGGCGGUCGCCGACGCUGGGCGGGUGCCCGAGCGGGCGCGGCUUCGCCUGGGCGCCGAGGCGGCGAGGAGCCACGCCUUUGCUGCCGCCGGGCUCGAGGAGCAGGAGGGCGGGAUGGCGCGGGCGAGGGCCGAGCCCGCCGACGCGGAGGUGCUGAGGUGGGAGCGUGACAUGACGUUCCCUGAGCUGCCAGCCCACUUCCUCCAUGGGUCCCUCUGGACCGCCGUGAUGGCCGACAAGUGGAGGUGCCGGGAGGGGAUCAUCCACCUGGAGGCCCGAGCCGUGCUGAAAGGGGUCGAGCGCCUGGCCCGCAGCCAGCACGGGCACGAUGCGCGGGCCCUGUUCGUGGGAGACAACCUGGCGCUGACCCUGGCGCUGGGCAUGUCCCGAUCCAGGGACUUCAAGCUGCUGACCCUCAUCAGGCGAGCUGGCUCGCUGGCCUUGGCUCGAGGCCUGCGACUGGUUUUCCGCUGGGUGUCUUCAGAGCUGAACAGCAGCGACAAGG